AUGUGGCAACUGAUUCUUAAACAAAACACCAUACGUUUUAUCCUUGGCCCUAUCAACUUGAUAUUGGCCAUUGCUUGCAUUACCAUAACAGCGGUUCUCGAGAAAAAGCUUAAUAUCGAUGGUGGAAAUUCCUGGGGUGAUUAUAUUUUCUGGCUUCUUAAGCCAAGCCUUCAAGUUCAGCUUAUGAUGACUUGCAUUAUUUUACUCGUUGGCCUCUCCGGAAAUAUCAGAUAUAACAAGUGCUGGCAAGGCUCAUACGCGUUUUUCACAGCUAUCCUCGCUAUUGUUUAUAUUUUUACUUACAAAUUCGCCGUUGGCAUAAAUUACUCACUCGAUAAUACAUUUAAGACCCUCUUAAAAGAAAAUGCUUAUGUAGGAUCAAUCCACGGCAUCUAUAGCAAUUUACACACACUCGGUUAUGACGAAACCAAUUGUACAUGCGAAGAAAGAAACAUACCCAAUAUAGACCCAUGCGACGAUUCUUCCUUUAAGAACGCACAUAAUAUGAAUUGCAGUACAUACAUGGCUAAUAAGACCGAAAUUUUCUAUACAGACGUAGGUGCCAGAAAACUGAUAGAACAGAAUCUUACAACUACUAGAAUUACUCAGAUGAAGAAUAUCUCUGUUACAGGCACAAUUCUUAUUGUAUUUUAUGCCAUCUUCUUGACUGUAUUUGCCAUAUUUGUAACAGAAGAGUCCCAAGCCUCUCAAUCUUAUAGCGCUGCGCAAUAA